AUGCCGCUCAUCAAGCUCUACUUCACCUCUGUCCUGCUGCUCCUGGUGCUCAGCUGUCCUAUGUGGCAAGUCGGUCAGUGUUUGCCAGUGAUGGGCAAAGGGCCACUCAGUGACUCCUGCGCUUCACAGGCAUGGAUGCUCCUACAGAACAUCACCGAUGCCCUGGGACAGACCCAACUCUUCUGUGAGCAGAAUGUGGAGCUGAAUAUGCUGACCAACACCCCAUCUGUGUGCACACCACAGGAGUCAUGUGUGGCAAACAUUGAAAAGGAUCUCAAUCAUUACUACAAAUUCCUGGCAGCUCAGCCAGACCCAGAAGGUUUGCUUGGUUCAACUGUUCUGCUCAGCCUCACAGAACUCAUGCAGGCUCCUGUGAAUGAUGGGAAUACCUACGUAGAGAGACUGAACCUCUGCAAAGUCCUGAGAGGCUUCCAGGUCCGCACUGUCACAAUUAACAGAGCCAUCAGCUACAUGAAGUCUGAUGUUAACUUUAAGUGA